CCCCCGUCUCUCAGCAGCUCUCUUGGAAGUCUGCCUGCGCCCGACCGCCUGAAGUCACACACGCCGCCGCCGCUGACUGAUGCCUGUAAGGACAAAUCCUAUCGGGCACCUGAGUUAUGCCGAGCUCCGAUUUGUCAGCUAGCAUGUAGAGGGCGGGGCCAAAGCUCUGUGAGUGGGACGGUCGCACGGGACAGGAGGUGUCUGUCUGUUGGCAGCAGCAAAGAAGCCUCUCGUCCGGGGUGCAGAGCUGCUAGCAGUGUGUGAUUGCGGUGAGGCGUCUUCUGCUGCUGCUGUUGCUGGUGCCUGUAGUUGUCAUUGUUCUCUAGGAGGGAUCGGGCCAGGAUUCCCAGCCUGCCGGAGGCGGAUAGAUCUGACAGUGUACCUGGCUCAGUGGUGUAAGUGCCCCGCUCAGUGCUCACACACACGCCGGCUGCUGGGUACCAACAUGCUGCUUGAAUUUCAUGCCACUUUUAACCUCCAUAGAGACGUCAUGCCAUGGGUUCUGUCCCAGGGAGCUCCGGAUGCCAUAGAGAAGUGCUCGAGAACACUCCGAAUAAUUAAUGUGGAGAGAAAUGAAAAUGUCCUGUACACUUGGAAGGGAAGGGAGGGGUUCACCAACGUUGGUCUAUAUGAUCCCCUUACCAAGCAAAAUGAGAUGUUGUAUUCUUUCGACAGGGAAGUUAAUAUUGUUAGCUGUUCAGUGAACAAUGAAAAAACUCUACUCGCGUUAAGUUACUGCAAUCCAAUGUGUGAAACACAGAGUCGAGCUCUUUCACCAGUUUCCAGAUAUUUGGCUCUUAUUAUUGAAAUAAAACCCACCAACAACGUGAGAGUUCUCAAAGCUGUUGACAGCAGCCUUAGAGUACAGUUUUUAUAUCCAGUGGAAGAUGUACAUGCAUAUAAAUAUGAGAGUCACCUCUUGAUAGUUUCGGAGGAAAAGUAUAUUGAGCAGUUUCAUGUGACUGUUGGCUAUGAAGAUGGGAACAGAGUGGUCAUGAAAACCUCUGGUUUGAUUCCUAAAGACAGAAUAGCUGAAGACUUUGUGUGGGCACAGUGGGAUAUGACAGAUCAACGGCUAUUUUAUGUUAUUCCCAAGUUUGAGGUCCCUCUUGAAAUCUACUUUGUUGCCGAAGGGGUAAGCCUGAUCAAUUUGGGGUAUGAGCCCCCUGAAGACAGAGAAAGAGGAAAACCUACAUUCCCAAACCUACAGGUGUUUACAAAUAAGACAGGUGGUUUGUGUCUGUUUUAUUAUCAACCUCCAAAACCGUUGCAAGAACUCACUUAUGUAGUAGCAUUUCUACAUAAAGGAUGCAGUAAAACAUUUAAAGUCUCACCUGCAAUUGAAGAUUCUCAGCAGCUCAAGAACUUAUCUUUCAUAAAUAUUGAUGGCUAUGUUGCUGUUUACUUGCCUGAUCAUUUUUUGCACUUGAUAAACACGAGAUAUCCCGACUUGAUGUGUUACCAUUUGUUUUUAGCAGGUGGGAAUGCCAGAAUAAGUGGUGUGUGCUCUGAUUGUCCUUUGCAGUCAGUUCUGAAGACUUUUGUAAUAGAACAUUGUACAGGAAUUCUGUUCUCAGUGAGUGUAAACCAGGCACAGCUUCUAAAAUUCCUAACGGAGAGCAGACUGGACUGUGAGCGCCUGGCAGGACUGCAUUGCUUCUUGUUACACCUGGAUCACCAACCACAUUGGGAAACACUGAUCAUUGAAUGGAUCUGUGAGAGUUUGUCAACAUGCACAACAUUUGACCCAAUACAAGAGUUCAUAAUUGCUUCUUUGCACAAGAGCCUGAGUUUAGAGACCGUUUAUCUGGAUAAACUGUUGCCAUAUACAUCAGUGCCUUCUUGGAAUAAGAACAUAGAUGGUGUGACAUGUACAACAGACAUUACAGAUAUGCCUAUCCUGAAGAUAGGAAAAUUUAAAGGAAGUUGGGAAAAAUUUCACUCUGAGCUGGAAUACAUGAAACUUGCCCAACAAAGUUUUAUUUACAGUAACAACUUGCAGAGAAGGGAUUGGUGCAAACUGAUUUCUCAGGUGGAUACCAAUGAAAAGAGAAAUUAUGUUUAUCAGCGUAAUGUACUUGAUAAUGCUAAGAGGGUUCUUUUAAAUAUGAACACAGGGAAAUAUGAUAAAAGAAUAGUACCAUUAAACCAAGAAGAUGAUUAUGAACAGAAAGAUCUUAUGGGUCUGAUGAUGGUAAAAUUAAAAGAUCAUUUGUCACAGCAUCUGCAUCAUGUCGGGAAAAACAAGAUUGACAAGUUUGUUCUGGAUUUUGUUUCUAAACAGUUGGACCUGGUAUGUCAGAUGUUGGAGGUGGUUUGGAGAAAGCAUGCAUUAGAUCCAGGUGUUUUAUGUGUCAGGGAUGGGAGCGGAAAGACGUCAGAGUAUUUUGCAUUUCAUGUCAUGUGCCGAAUUUCAGAAGCUACAAGCAGAAUGUGCAUGCCCCUACCUCCUGGUUUUCAGACGCUUCAUCUGGUUCUAGCUGUGCGGUGCCUCCCACUAGGAAAUUUCCUCCACUACAUAGACAAUGGAGCUCUGCCACUGACGGAAGCAUUUGUUAUUAAACUCCUGAAAGAGCUGGAUGAUAGUGAAGAAAAUGAAAAACUCAAGUGUAGCAUCAUUAUACGUCUUCCAGAGAAUAUUUGUGAAAAAGUCCAUCACCUGUGGGACCAUGCCAGCAGCAAUAAUUAUAUUGCUAUGAAGUAUGUGAAAAAGCUGCUGUUCAGGCUUCACAGAAGAGAGGUUAUUAGUCAGUCAGUGACUGGCCGGUCUCCACUGUAUAUAAACUUUCUGCCUCUGAAUUAUUUGAUACUGAUGCUAUCAGAAGUGGAAGACAGAGCGUUAAACCCCUUUGAGGAAGAUAACAUAGAUGCUGCGUUUCUGGAGGAAAUUGCCUUAAAACAAACCUCUGUUCUUCUUAAUCUACAAAAAUGUUAAAAAUGGGACAUUUUCUUUUAUUUAUGUAACUUUGUAAUUACAUUUGUCUUUCAUACAUUUUAAGAAGACAUGGCCAUAUUGUUUUGUGAAAUUAUAUUGUGUAUGCAGUAUUGAAUUCAGUCAUUUCAAGGUUGCUUACUUCUUUCUAUGCCUGCUAUAAUUGCUAUUGAGGUCAGGCAUCUCAUCAUCUUUUGUAUGUUCUUUUCUAGGUGAUUUUUAUGUAUCACUUAUAUUGGCAAGACCUUUGUUUUAAUCAGAAAGUUGAAACCGGAAUUGUCCAAGUGGUCCAUAACAUUUUAUGUAUUCCUCAUAGGAAAUUAGUAUUUAAAUAUAAAAUGGCAAAUACUGUUACUCUGAAAAUGUUUCCAGGUGUGCUAUCCUCUUACUAUGGUUUUAACACAAUACAUGUCUACUAGAUGUGCAAGUAAUAGUUGUAAUGUGUAAUUUUAUAAGAAUAUGAUGAUUAGUGAUUUAUUCAAUAAAUGUCUGUGAAAGGCCUGCUCAUCCAGUGCCUAAAGGUUUUAUACUAGAUGACGUGGCUUUCACCAGUAGCCCUGUAAUAAUGUCAGGUUCUACAAGCGUGCACACUGUUCAGUCCUCCUGGAUCCAAGAUUUCCUGAUGUUGGUUGCGUUUCCAUCAAACAGCUGCCGGGUUGAGUUCUCGGUUAGUCAGUGCUACAUUGUGUAGCCCAUAUUAUUAUACUUUUGAAAUAAAAAAAUUUCUCCCAGUGUUGCGUAUGUUCACGUGGGUGGUAUCUGUACUGUGUCACACUUCUCUUUAUUAGAGGUUUUGUAAUGUUGAUGUAGGAUGAUUGCAGAGGCGUUUAUGCGUACUUCCCCACCAAAACACCAUUAGGAAAUACCACUUCCCUUUAUUUUUUUAAUCUGAAAUAAACCUGUUUGGUUAACAAAACCUUUUAUAUUUCCUGUAAUAAAUAGGAUUGUAUGCUUAAGAUGUAUAUUACCAACUUGAUUUUGCCAAAUAAAUCUGUAAGGUAGUGUUGACUCUCCAUCUCCUGGCGUAUAUCUACAGUGGGUGUAGGAUGUGUGCUGCACAUGGAUCCCUGGGCAGUGUGGAGCUCAUACGGAACACCCUGCACUCAAAACAGUACGCAUGCAGCAUGUGUCCCUCCUAUCUUUUGCUGACGCCAUCUUUCAUGGAAUAUUUUUGGAAAGAUGAAGCUGGCGCAGUUGAUAGAAGGUUCUGGCUCAGUCCAGACUCUGUCUUCUGCACAUGUGCCAUUGUCCAAAAAUAACACACUGAAUAUGGGAGGGAGGGGGUUAUUAUGACACCUCCGUCUCCAUCUGUGUGGGUAAAUCUGUAUACCACAGUUUAGGCUUGCUCCAUACCACCCAUAGAAAAAUAAGUGUUAUUGUACUUGGUAUGUGCAAGCAGCUGUUUUCUGCAGUCACGUUUUCAAAGAUUAUUCCCCAUUAGCACCUAGUAACAUUAUUUUGUAUAAAGUCCCAGGGAGAGUAGGUCUCGGUGUAUUUAACAUGAAUAAUAAGCAUGAGAGAUUAACAUAUAUAUAUAUAUAUAUAUAUAUAUAUAUAUAUAUACACGAAGUCGUUAAAAAUAAAAUGUGCCUUAACCACCAUGCAGGAAAAUAACACGUGAUGUGACGUGGAAAUAUGCAGAUGCAGUUCUAGAAGUAUUCAUGUACAGAAAACAGAUUUGCUGUGAUGUUACAAUGCGUGCCACUUGCAUUGUUAACAGUAGGGAAAUUGCAUGGAUGUUGUAUGUGAAUGUAACAAUUUUUUCCUGUACUGUAUGUAGAACCAUCUCUCUUGUUAACUCUAGACCUUUACCCAUGUAUCAGAAAUGUGUUGUUUUUUUACCUUUAUGCUAUUUAUAAAGAAAUAGGGCUAUUUAGCAGGGAAACAUAUAAGAGGUUUAGGGGCAGAUUUAACAAUAUUCUUGAUAUCACUCAUUGCAUAUGAUAACUGGUGCUCCAGCCAAUCAGCUCCUAACGGUCAUGUGCUUCAAAAAUUACAGGAGCUGAUUGGCUGGAGCAUCACUAUCAUUCGUAACGAGUGAUAACAAGAAUAUCACCCAUUGUUUAAUCUGACCCUUAGUUUAAAAAUGGGACACAUAGUCUAUGGUUGGAAAGUAUUCUGUACAACAUGAAAUACAUAUUCAUGUUAUAUAGAUCAUACAUUUACAUUAGGUUGGUUAGUAAAAAAUUCUAAGCCAUAAUAAACAUACACAUUAGCCUGUUUACUAAAUAUACGUUUUAUUUGAAUAUAGUUGCAUUCAGAUUGAAAAAUAGUACUAUCUUUUUUUAUAUUUAUAACUGACAACAUGACAAUAUUCCUGUCAAUGUCGUGGCUACAACAUUGCUUAAGCAGGUAAAAUUGACUUCAUCCAGUUGGUUCCCAUUGUUAAGCUGUUAGAAGCCAUGUGACUUGCUAUAUAAGUAGCUACAAAGCAGCAUCCAUGGCUUGAGUCAACCGUUUCAUUAGACAUUUUAAAUGUUCUUAUAGCAAAUUCAUUUUAUACUAUUGAAAGCCAUUGUUAUAUUUCGAUUGGUUUAAUCAGUGGCCUUCUUAUGUGCCUCAUGUUUGAGCCAGGUUCACUGGGUUUAAAAGGCGCUAAACCCCCAUAAGGCCGGGGAAGAGGAAGAGCCGUAUCGCCUUCUGGUAUGUAUGCGUUGGGACGUUGUUCAGCUGUGGUGUAAAUACCAUUUGGCAAUGUGUGCUGAUCCUCAUCUUCUCCAAUCUGCAAAGGAUGAGGGUAAAAUGAGCAAGCUAUCAAUUUUAUGAGUUAUUACAAUUUUAAAUAGCAGCAUGUCUGUGAAUGCAACCUAGAAUACCCAUGUCACCGAGAUAUUCUAUGACAUAAUGUAAAUACUUAAAAUAUGAAUCAUCAUGAAUUAAGGCAAUUAUGUAUUUUGUAUUAUGUAUAUUGUGUUAUAGGGAAAGUUUUGUAUACUCAAAGGUCUAAUCAUGAAAAACAAUUUCCAUGUUUAAAAAUAAAACUCAUCAUAAAGUUUA